AUGGCGUCCAGAGUGUUGAGUAACAGCGAUGCCGGCGUCGGCAUUGGCUCGGAUUACGUCCGCGGCGGCCACGACCAUAUUUUUGCGUCUUCCAGUACAGCAGCUUAUCUCAGCGAAAAAGAAAUACGAGUCAUCGGGUACGCAGCAACCGUCACGAACACACAUGGACCGGCGGCCAACUCGGAUGUUGAACCGUGCGCCAGGACCCUGACAAACUUUGUUGCAUCUAGCAUCGAAGCACCCGGUUCGACAGAAGGCGGCCCGGUAGCACAGCCGCCAGCAGAGACAUUCCCCGAGGGCGGACUGGAAGCCUGGCUCGUCGUUCUUGGGGCAUGGCUGGCUCUGUUCUCGUCACUAGGGAUCCUGAAUAGCCUGGCAACGUUCCAGACAUAUGUGUCUACGCACCAGUUGAUGGAGCAGAGCCAAUCCACCAUCGGCUGGAUCUUCUCCCUCAACGCCUUCAUGUGUUUCUUCGCGGGAGUCUAUAUCGGGCCCGUCUUCGACAAGUAUGGACCGCGCUGGCUUGUGCUGGCCGGCACGAUGUGUCUUGUUGGCAGCCUUGUGUUGUUGAGCUUUUGCACAGUGAUCUUGGCUAAUAGCGCCGUCCCGUCUCCAGAACUAUGGCAUUUCAUCUUGGUCUUUGGUCUGAUGAAUGGAUUGGCGCUGGCGCUGCUCUUCACACCGUCCAUCGCCGCCAUCGGGCAUUUUUUCUCCGCGAGAAGGGGCUUUGCCACCGGCAUCGCAUCCACCGGCGGUGGACUCGGUGGCGUGUGUAUCCCGCUGAUGCUACAGAGCCUUUUUGAUCGAGUCGGAUGGGGCUGGGGCAUCCGGACCCUUGCACUGGUGUCGCUGAUCUUGUCGGGCCUGUCCAACAUCUUGCUGCGAUCGCGUUUGGCGCCGGCGCUGGAUGCCAGUACGCACCCUGACGUGCGCAUCUUCCGCAACGUCCCAUUUGCGCUGACGACACUGGGCGUGUUCUUGCUCGAGUUUGCGCUGUUUGUCCCCUUGACUUACAUCUCCACAUACACACUCUCGCGUGGUUUCUCAGCCUCGUUCGCGUCGCAGGUCGUCACUAUCCUCAACGCUGGGUCUGUGGUGGGGCGGGUGCUGCCGGGUUGGUAUGCCGACAAGAUCGGUCCUUUCAACGCCAACAUCAUUGCCGUUAUUCUCGCCAUUGUGUCGUGCCUCGUCAUCUGGCUGCCAACGUCGAUGCUCGACUCGACCCUCGUUAGUUCUAGUGACGGCGACGACCGAAACAGCGCAGCGGCGGCGCCCGUUGUCCUCUUCGCCCUGCUGUUCGGUUUCACCAGCGGUAGCAACAUCAGUCUUAUUCCCGUCAGCAUCGGCCGCCUUUGUGCCACGACCAACUACGGGCGUUACUAUGCAACGUGCUACACUGCCGUCUCGGUCGCAACGCUGGUUGGAAUACCCAUUGCUGGCAAGAUCCUGAUCAUAGACGGCGGCGAGUACUGGGGAUUGAUCGUCUUCACGGCCGCCCUGUAUGUCGGCUCCCUGGUGGCCCUCUUCGCGGCCAAGGCGUCCGUCAUCGGCUGGAGUCUUCUGGGUAAAUUUUAG